CACGAAUUUCACGCAGGCAUGACGUGUGUUGACGCAUGAGAAAAGAUGGCGUCCGUCUCAGAAAUGUACGAUGUGGGAUGGGAAGAGAUGAGAGACAAGCUACGUAAAUGGAGAGAAGACAACUACAGAAAUAGCGAACAGAUAGUGGAUGUGGGUGAAGAGCUCCUUAGUGAGCAUGCAUCUAAACUGGGAGAUGAUGUUUGGAUAAUUUAUGAGCAGGUGAUGAUUGCCGCACUGGACUGCAGUCGAGAUGACUUGGCUCUGACCUGUCUACAUGAACUGAGGAAGCAGUUUCCAGAUAGUCACAGAGUGAAACGAUUAUCUGGCAUGAGGCUGGAAGCUCUGGAAAGGUACGAUGAGGCCAACAAGCACUAUGAUGCCAUUCUCCAAGAAGACCCCACCAAUACGGUUUGUUGGAGACCAAGAAGCAUGGCAUGAAUUAUCAGAUCUCUACAUCAAUGAACAUGACUAUGGAAAAGCAGCAUUUUGUCUGGAAGAACUGAUGAUGACCAAUCCUCACAAUCACUUAUACUGUGAACAAUAUGCUGAGGUGAAGUACACGCAGGGAGGGCUGGAAAACCUUGAGCUGUCCAGAAAGUAUUUUGCUCAGGCGCUGAGGCUGAACAACCGGAACAUGAGGGCGUUGUUUGGUCUGUAUAUGUCUGCAAGUCACAUUGCUGCCAGUCCUAAAGUCAGUGCCAAGGUGAAGAAAGACAACAUCAAGUAUGCUGCUUGGGCUGCUAAUCAAAUAAACAGAGCUUACAAGCUGGCAGGUCGUGGAACCAAGGAGAACAAAUGUUCCAUGAAGGCAGUGGAGGAGAUGUUGGAGUCCAUGCAGAUCACCAUGUCUUAGAUAUUUCUAGCCACACAUUUCUUCUGCCCUCUUAAGUUCGAGAAACAUGGCAGCUCCAGAAGUCAUUGCAGUUUGUCCAAAACUUGCUUUUAAAUUGAUUUUGUUGUUGUUGAUCACAAUCCCUUUUUUAGUUUUCUGUAAGGGUUUGAUUUUGACAUAAAAAAUUUGAGACAUUUAUAACCUACACAAAAAACUUAACCAAACUCUAGGCAGUCCUAACCCGAUGCAAACCAAUCAGACAGAGCCAUACUGUCGCAUCUCAGUCAUAAGAUCUUGUUAGUGACUGAUGUCCCAUUAACUGUAAUAAGCUAAAACAAUGUGACAGAAAAAGUUGUAUAAUAAAUGCUCCUUACAAAAGACAAUGUGGAACUCUCUCCUGUCAUUUUUUUGUGUCCAUGCUGUUUGUAAAUUGAACUAAUAAACUUUUAAAAGUCA